AUAAACAACACCUCCGCCACCGACAACCACAACAAGCAACAACAACAUGGAGAUGAACAACAACAAUUUUGGUAACACGACAUCAAUGUACUCCACUAGAGUCGUUUCUGUUAAUGUUACGAGGUCUUAUCAUCGAUACAAAGGCAGGGUGGUGGCCGUGCUUGGAGUCAUCCAGGUCAUCAUGGGUCUCUGGUCUAUAGCCCUGGGCAUCGCACACACACUGACCUACAGCUACCCGUUCGGUGAAGUUGGCUACGGAAUAUGGGGAGGAGUUUUGUACUGCAUAGCUGGCAUCGUUGGAAUCAUAUCGUUUAAAAAGCCUACUGCUCAACUGAUAAUAGCACACAUGGUGUUGUCUAUCAUCUCGGCGGUGUUUGCCCUCCUGCAGUUGUGCCUGGGUGUUGGUGCUGCCUACAUGGACUACGGGGUCAGUCGCGGUUUCUUGAAAUAUGAAAAUCUCGGAAGAUUCAGUUUUGUGAUUAAAGACAGUCCAUAUGCCGGCACAGUUGUAGUAGACAGCCUCCUUGCUGUCAGUGCCAUCAUAGAGGGCUUAGUAGCCAUUACGGCGGCCGCCAUUGGCUGCGGCGUCACCUGCUGCAACGGCCACUUUGCCGCCUCUCAACAAGAAAUCGACAACCCGAGAGUGCAGACGUACGAUGUCCGAGAGAAGGAACACAAAAACAAACCUGUUGACGGAGACAACAGAAAUGCGGACACUAAUGAAAUUAACAUGAAAGGCACAAACUUUAGUAGUGACACCAACAGCAGAAACCUCAAAAACCACAUCAAGGAUGCCAUCCAAGAUAGCAUCAACAACAAUACAAACAUCCACGAUAAUAAUAAUAAUAAUAAUAAUAAUAAUAAUAAUAAUAAUAAUAAUAACAACAACAACGUCAACAUCAUUUCAAACAUCAUCAACGAAUUCAAAAGACGACAAGUUCAACGCCGACAUGUAAAAAGUAAUUCUCAAGGACAUUCAUCAGUUGUUGGUGGUGCUGUUACAAAACAUUACCAGCAUCAACCAAUUACGACGUUAAACCAUCACAGGCAACCAAACCAACUAGGAAAUACUUUUUCUCUUGAAUCGACAACCAUUAUCGUACCGAUUAUCGACGGAGCUUAUUUUCCAAAUCGAAUUGAUUCGGAUGUUAAAUCGGUUAAUAACGAUAUGGAUGCUAAAAACUCUACGAUUAAACUUUAUAAUGAUGAUAACAACGUUGACACAGAUGAUAACAGUAGCAUUUAUAGAUAUAAGUUAAUAAUUUUAUCAUCUAUUUCAUCUUUUGUAGGUGUCAUUAUCGGCCUGUCUAUAUUCUUCAUCAUCAAAAUAAGAUGUUUCACAAGAUCUCAUAACCGUAAUUGCGUUUUAUCUGCAUAA